CUUCAGUAUGUUGUGUGUGGCACACGCUGUGGAGAGUGUUCCAUUUUGAUGUCGCUGUGCCAUGGGGUUUUGCACGGCGUUAGGCCUUGCCGGCGCUGGAGCCCUCUCUCAGGAUCAACUGUUCAACCGAUAUCCACAGCCACUGGUGUCCCAACUUGUGGAACGUGCCAUGGCUCAACAAAAAGCCUUGUCGCUGCAUCCUCAAAGUUGUUGUCAAAUGAGGUUUCGCGUGGGUCACUUCAACAUCCUAGGCAAGAAGAUGGCCGGGACCAAGUGGUUCCACUAUGCACGCGACUUCCUACCGGCCUCCUUCGCCUCCAACCACUGGGACUGGUCUCGGGCGGGUCACUUCCCACGGUCUCUGCUGUGGUCUCGAGAAGAGGGGCAGUCGCGGUUCUACCGCCUCGAGGUCCUGUUGAAGGAGAUCCGAUCACUCAGCGCUGAUGUGCUUUGCCUGGUUGAGCUGGAUUGCUUUGAGGAGCAGCUUGAUGGAGGGAAGGAGAAAGGAGGAUUGGAAGGAGGGAAGCGGAGAAGCCGGAUCCCAGGCAACCACUAUUGUCGUGGCCUGGGGUUGCCGUUUCAGCAGAUCCUCGGUGCAGAUGGCUACGAUGCGGUGUUUCAGCCACGCCCCGGCAAGCACGACGGCUGUGGGAUCUUCUGGCGUCGGGAGGUCUUUGAGUCGGUUGGGCCUUGCCGAGCUUUGAUCUAUGCACUGCCUGCCAAUGACCGGAUCGCCGUGGCUCAGUUACUGGUGCAUCGCCUGUCGCGCGAUGCGCUCCUGGUGCUUUCCAGCCACCUCCACUGGGACCAGGCGCUGGGCUACCAAGCCUCCGAAGCGCAGG